UGCGGGGGAGCUGCCGUCUCCCUCCCAAUGACAUCCUCCAGUCUCCUUCAACUAAAGUACUUUUUCUACUUAUGCUUCGUCGCUGAAAAUCCUUCACCUCUGCUGUGCUACGCAAUAUAACCGGAUGUCCUUCCCUUCUUUCCCAGUCGGGCUCAGAGUUCGCUCUUCCUGAUUCUAGGUCUCCUUCGCCCGUUCACCCUAUCCAUCCCUACCUCUUAAUCCAUAGCAGUCGCUAUGUCGACCUACAAUCCAUUCUCUAGGCGAGAGUCGCACGGCAGGUUCUCACUUGGAACCUAUCGCGUCCUCGUUCCCUUGUCGUGGCUGCUCGUGGUGGUCGUCGGCAUCUACUACUCCUCCCAUGCCCCCGAUGUCAAGCAUGGCCAUACCAUCUGGAAGCAAGCCAACAAGCAUAUUACUCCAUUUAGCUUGAGCACGGUUAUUGCUGGUAUCUAUUGGAUCAUAACCCUCCUGUCUCAAAUCGGCUUUGUCUACCACCUUUUCUCCAAUGAUGCGGUAACGGCCACCGCCGCCGCCAAUGUAGGGUCACAUUUUAUCCUGAACAAUUUGUUCAUUUUCGCCUGGAUCCUUCUGUGGACUCGUAACCACUUCUGGGGCUCAGAAAUUAUCCUGAUCGCGCACUUCCUGAAUCAAAAGACGACCUACUGGCGGCAUCGCACACUACCACCUCUUGCGCAUUUUGCCGCUGUCGCAGCGCCCUACGCCUGGACUCUGAUCACUCUCUUCUGGAACGGAGCAGUUGCUGUGAACAGCAACAGCCUGCCAGCGAGGAUCGUCGCUAAUGUGUUCAUUUGGGUAUUGUUCGCGCUGGGAUCGACGCAUAUCUUGUCCACCCAGGAUGACAUUCUGGGUUACAGUCUGAGUCUCUUGACGCUGGCAUUGGCCGUCAAGCAGUUCGGCGUCAAGGUCAUCUCCCUACAGUGGAUAUUUGCCAUUGUCAUCUUUGCUGUCUUCUUCGCCGAGUCCCUCUAUAUUUCCCUGACGAAGUACUCUGGGCGCAACAUCUUUUUCCGCAGGGCCGGGCAGCCGGCGCCGGCAACCGAUCGCGAGAGGGAGCCGUUGCUCAACGAUUCGACCCAGCCAGCACAAACGGCCUAAUUAAGGGCUAUGAAUCAAUCGCCAUCUUACGCGCUUGUCAGGAAGCAGGUGGCUUUGUGAACAUGAAUCCCAAAAAGUGAGUCGGUUGCGCUUAAUGUCUGAGCCUCUUUUCGGGUCUAAGUUGGGUUGUUCAUUUAUUGUCUUGUUGUGCUCGGGUAGUACUACAAUUCCUUGACUGCUACAGGACUGGGGGAUUAUGAUAUAUUAACGACACGUCAGUUUAUGGGCUAUACAGUUGUGGGUGUAAUAUGGCGAAGAUGGAUUUUGUCAACUUGAUGGAUAUGUUGUUAGUGUGCUUGGGAACCUAAUUUGUCUCUACUCUAAUUAUCAGCCUUCUAUAUUUACUGUUUUGGUCAAGCUAUUGGUGAGCCACAGCUAAUCGUCUACGGGCACGCGGAACUGGAAUGGACUGGUGUUUACGACCGAGUUCUCCACAACAUAUGAGGUUAUAUAUUGCUAGCUGUAAAUCUGCACUAACCAAGGACUGUGGUCAAAGGAUUAUAUUGCGUCCCAAGACCGUGCUCCUUGAAUCCGCACGGACCUCAAAUAAAAGCAAGCUCCACGGUUCGGUAGUAGAAAAUGCAGUUGGCGAGGGGCGGGUUGGUGGUGGUGGUGCCUGAGGAGCCGGGCGGGAUCUCGCCCACGGAAUCGCACGAGGAAAUGGCCAGAAAGUCGAAGUAAGGAC